UUUUUUUUUCAGAAUAGUUUUUACUUUGCAGUUUUGAGGGUAGUGUACAAACUGUGUAGUCACCUGUUUUCAUAGUUCACAAGUAAAUUGUGACUUCGGAAGUUUGCUCAACAAGAAGUCUUAUGUUGGCUUGUUUCGUGUUACGCCUUACUUGACGAGUAGUGUUCUCUUAGACCACAGGAUUACAAGAAAAGGUUGAAUCCAUCUGCUGAUUAACUCAAGAAGUCCAGACUUCUGAGAAAUUCGAUAAGGUGAGACGACUUGCUGCAGAAGGAGACAAAGUUGUUUUGGUAAAUGCCUUUCUAGAUCUCCUUGUGGAUUCGUAGCAUGGCAAACCAAGGAGAUGACUGUUACUUUUACUUUUAUUCCACUUGCACCAAGGGAAAUGAAUGUGCAUUUCGCCAUUGUGAAGCUGCUCUUGGAAGUGAAACUGUUUGCACUCUUUGGCUGGAAGGACGAUGUACAAGACCAAUCUGCAAAUUCAGGCACUCAAAGAUUGAUAAAAAACGAAGCGAGAUUCCAUGCUACUGGGAAACCCAGCCUACUGGGUGUCAAAAGAUCAACUGUGCUUUUCAUCACAGCAAGCCCCGUUUUGUUGAUGGUGUUUAUCUGCCGCCAAGCAAGAAUCUGUGUUUUGUGAAUCCUCCAAAAGAUGUUCCAUCACUUAGACCAAAACCAGCACAUUUUGUGGCUACAGAUGUGCUUCCAGUUAAGGAAGGAAUUGAAGAGGAGAAGAAAGGACCACCAGCCACUGCACAACCUGUCCUCUCCAAUCCUUCUGCUCAACUACGGAACUACGUUAAAAUGGAGAGCACUGAGAGUGUUCCCAGCCCCACCCACCCACCUGUAGUUAUUACUACUGAAGAUGACGACGACGAAGAUGAUGACAAUUAUUUUCAUAUUCUGUCUUCGAAUUUCAAUAUGGCGUCUGUCAGCCAGCAAUCUGUGGAUAUUUCAAAAAUACGUAGAGUUCGUUGUGUUGCUGAUAAUUUGCUGGAUUGUGCCAGUAACAUGGAAAAUGAUGGUGCACACGAUGUAGUUUUGCUUAUUACCAUUGCAGGCAAUUCUUCUGGACCUUUGCAAUUUAGUCAGUCAAAAGGAGGCUCUGUUAUACAGAAGGAAGACCUGAGAACUGUUGUCCGAACAGUCACUUUUCAAGCAAAGCAAGCACUUGAAAAUAAUAUUGAGGUUCCUGUAAAGCGUAGUCUUGCUGAAAGAUUGGGUAAGAAGAUUGAUCCCUUGGAGGGUGGAAUUGAAGAAGGCCAAUUUAAAGGGCAAGGUGUUAAACGUGUGCAGGAGAGAUUGGGAUUGUCACCUAAAAAGGUUGAUAAAGGAGACACAGUCACUAAGACCAUAAAGGAGAGGCUGAGUUUGCCAACUGGAAGCACAGCUAUAAGUGCAAUUUCACAAACUACAUCAGCAGGAGAAAUACGAAUAAAAACAUUAGAAGAAAUUCGGAGAGAAAAAGCUGCAAGGAAGCAGGCAGAAAUUUUAAUGCAAAUCAAGAAUGAAACCUUGGAUAAACAAGGUUGCAUAAAUGAAAGCUCCAGCAAAUGUAUUUCCAGAGAAAAUGUCGACUCUUCGCAGCGCUUUAAAAACUCCUUUUCAGGUCUCCAGACAUUUUCCAAAUUACUUAAGGAGAGGAAGCAGAAACGAAUGGAGAUGCAGAGGCAGAAAAUGAGCCUUUCCACACAAAACAUUGAAAUGAAGGACAAAGAAGAUGCAGCAUGUAGCCAGGAAUGUCAAACUAAAGAACUGAGGUUCCCUGCAGGGCUUACUGGAAGGUUUCUGAAACAAACCAAACCUUUUGAUCAAGUUCGGGUGAAGACAUUGGAGGAGAUUCGGCAGGAGAAAGCCUUAAGGGGGCAGCAUAUAGUGUCACAAGGUUCUGACUCCACAGUGCAAACCGAGCCAGCCACUGCAAAACGAAAACGUAUUCGACUAGUGAAAUUGGUUCCAGUGGCUGACAGUAAAAGACAGAACUGUCCUGAUACCUCAGAUAAUGGAACAGUCACAGAAUCUUCUCUUACCAUGCCUGAAUGUGCAAAAGAAAUUCCAGGUGAAAAAGUUCAAGUUAAAAGUUUUGAAGACAUCAUGAGAGAAAAGCAACUUCGCAGACUGCAGGAGGCUAAGCAGCAGCAACAUGAAAACUUGCAGGAGGUCCCAGCUGAAUUGCCUGUGGUACAAAAGAGAGAGCCACCUGUGGCAGUAAAAAAAGAACUGUUGGCACAAGUUCCACCACAAGUACAGCAAGCUGUAGAGAAGCCUGCAGAGACAAAAUGUCCUCUUCGACCAUCACUGGUGCAGAAAACAAGUGAAAUCCCUGGAAUAGAUCAGCUUUCAGUGCAGUCUUUGCAGAAUACUGAAGAUGUAGCUAGUGUGUCAAACGAAUCCAAACUGACCUCAGAGAAAAGAAAGAGACCCAAAGUAAAUGUGAAGCCUUCAGUAGUGAACACUGUGCCUGCAUUAACUCUGGAUCGGAAACGUAAACAGCCAGCCAGUCAGCCAUCGGCCAUUGCAACAGUUAAACCACUGAAGAGCAACAGAAUAGACAACAUGGAAGAAGAUCCAUCAUCCCAAACUACAGCACAUAGUGCUCCAUCUUCGGUCUUUGAGGUCUUGUCCACAGAAGCAUCUGAAGCACUUCAGGAAAGCAUUCAGCCUUCUGUUCAGAAUCAGCCUGUAGUCCCAUCACCAACUGAGGCCGUGAGCCCUACAUCAUCUCGAACCUCGGCUAAAAUGCACAGACUUAGCUCUGUGUCAUCCAGCAAGCAGUCAGCAGGCAUCGAUGAUGAUGAUGACUUUGAGGCACUGAUACAAGAAUUUUCGAAUGACAGUCUGGAAGUAGAGAUUGAACUGGAACCUGGAAAAGAUGAGGAUGAUCUUUUGCUUGAACUGUCUGAAAUGAUUGAAAGCUGAAUGUGUUUCAAUAAAGGCCAUUUAGGCAUACCCUCUUUUCUCAUCUUGUUACUUCUGACUCAGUAAAGCACUUUUAGAUACUGUGCACUGAACAUUCAGAUUUUAUUCAGGAUUUGGCAGUCCAAGGACAAGAGGGCUUCUACUUUUAUUUGUCCUAUUAAAAAAGAAUUAUCAGUAGUUUUUCAUCAUUUAUGUCUUCACAAUGUAAUUAGAUCACAGCCACUCCCAAGAGGCAUUACUUUAGCUCAUAGUUUGCAUAAUAGUAGCGCUUCUUCCUAUAAUUAACUGGCCCUGGCUUUUGUUUUAUUACUUAGUAAGAAUAGUAGCCCAUCCUUUGAGGUAGGACUAACCAGUUCUGUUUGCCUUUGUGAAGAGAUCACGUCUUUCUAAGAGUUUCCAUUUUUGUGAAGAAGAUUUUACUGCACAGAUGGACUUUAUCACAAGUGUAGAUAAUUAUUGGCUUACUUCAGUUGUUUAAAUAUGUUGGCAUUUUACAGCAUGACAGAGUAUAUAAAACAAUUAUCUGUGUUUUACAGUGCUCUAUAAGUAAAAAGAAGGAGCACUAUCCAUGUACAGAGCUCAAAUAUUUUUUUCAGGAAAUAAAAGCAAAGGAAUAUUCA